AUGUCUGUCCUUAUGCUAUACAAUUCUUCCUUAUCCUACACCGUGGGUGCGAUUCAAUCUCAGACUGCUAUAGAAAUGCCAACUCUCCUACAGAUUCUUCAAAUUUUAUUAAAAGCCAAAGUAUUAAAGGUUACCACCGAGUCGGAUGUUACACAGAACAGCGAAUCGAUGACUGAUGCUCCUGCGGCCUCCACCGAGGAGUCCAGUGAGCCCCAACUAACACCGGAAACUAUUUUGAAACUGUACACAGAUUACAAGAAUAAGCGAGUUCGUGUGAAUCUUAACGUGGCAUUGAAAAGUGAAGCCAAACAGGAAACGGAACAGACAAUGGGCAAUGUGGAGUCCGACAGGAAAUUGAUCGUUCAGGCAUGUAUUGUCCGAAUUAUGAAGACAAGGAAGGUGAUGAAGCAUCAGCAGUUAAUCACUGAGGUUAUCGCGCAAUCGUCCGCACGUUUCAAACCGACAAUGACGUUGAUCAAACACUGCAUUGCUGCUCUCAUCGAACGUGAGUAUAUAAAGCGGGACACCAACGAUCGGGACGCAUACGAGUACCUUGCCUGA